AUGGAUUCGGGAGAAUUUUCAAACGAAACAGCGGACUAUGAGAGAAAGAUAACAAGGGCAGUAAUCGAAGGUGAUGUUGAAAAACUCCGAGAGUUAUGCAAUACUUUACCCAGGGAUUUCAACGUUAAUUUCAUAAUCAAGUGUUUGAACACAACAGUACUUAUGAACGCAGUGAUGAUGAACGAUUAUCUUUCAGCAGAAAUUCUUUGUAAGCACGGAGCAGAUGUUAAUCUAGGUACUUAUGACUCUUAUAAAGCAAUUCACUGGGUAUGUGAAAAACAAAACAAUCCACAAAUGUUAAAACUUCUGAUUAAUCAUGGAGCAAAUAUUGAUGAAAAUUGGCUCUACGGAGAAAGGGCUAUUCACUUGGCCCUAAAACACUCGCGAACUGAAAAUGUUGAAGUUUUAUUAGAUGCAGGAGCUGAUAUUUCUGGGUGCAUACGACUUGAUAAUGAGCGGUAUUCGAAUAUAUCAACCCUAUGUUUGGCUGCACUAAAAUGUCCUAACCUUGUUCCCAAGUUUUUGAAACAAGGAGCUGAUCCGAAUGAUGAUCUUUCCACUUGUGGUUCUUCUGUGCUUGGGCUCAUGUUAGAAAACAAUGGAGACAAAGAAACAGUGAAAGCUGUCAUCCAGGCAGGAGCUUGCAUCAGCAAUGGCUGUAGAGGGAAGACUGCCAUCGAGUGCUGUAAAAAUCUAGGCCAAAUAUUUGCUUUUCUUGAGAGUGGAGUUCCAGUGUCGGAAAUUGAAAGCCAGUUAAAGGAUUCGCUAAUAGCUAUGGCUAUCUUGGAAGAUUUUUGCGAAGCGACAGUUUAUGAAAACAUACUGAAGCUGAUAUCAUUCGGAGCUAUUCCAAAUGGUACUGAAACAUUCAAAGACUCGGCACUUAUCCUUUCAAUCAAGAAACAUUUUUGGGAAAUAGUCGAUAUACUAAUAGCUCAAGGAGCGGAUCUUAACCACAAAGGAGAAGGUGGAAAUACAGCUCUACACGUCUGUUGCCAAAAUGUUGCUUUUUUGGACAACUAUAAAGUCAUGAUUACACAAUUGUGCACAGCGGGGGCAGAUGUGAACGUGAUGAACGAUGACAGAUUAACACCUCUGCUAAUUCUAAUGAUGCAAAUGUCUCCCGCUGAAUUUCCUACGAGCAACGAUCGACAUGAAGACAAAAGCCUUAUAAGUUGUCUUUUGAAUUACGGGGCUAAUGUGAAUGUUGUCCUUCCAACCACCUCAGAGUCUACAUUACAUUUUGCUUGCAUGCAAGGGGACUUUGAAACAGCUAAAAUGUUAAUUAAAGCUGGGUAUGACGUCAACAAAUGCGAGACGAAUGGUGAAGCGCCAAUCUUUGCCUUUUUUCCUUUAGAUUCAGCGAGAGAAACAAGUGUUGUAAAUAUGUUGCUGGAAAAUGGCGCUUCUGCGAAUGUGUUGGACAAAGGAGGGACUUCCCUUCUUGAACGUGUUUUUAAACAAUUGAAGUCCACUUAUUCUUCCUUUCGGGAUGAAAUGGAACCUAGAGAAGAUCUAAUAGAAAAAUUAACAUCAAUUUUACUGCAACUUCUUCUGAAUGAAGCUGACCCGAAUCUCGCCACACCAGGCCAGGACUCUGUCUUAAUACAGGCAAUACAGACGCCGGGUAUGGAUGAUGUUGCGAGUGCGUUAGUUGAGGCAGGGGCAGAUGUGUGUCACAUUGGAAGGAACAAGAUGACGACAUUUGAAGCUUGCUGUCUGAAUGAUGAAAUAGAAAACCUCGGUGAAAAUCAGCUUCGUAUACUCUCGCUUAUAAUUGAAGCAAAUUUUCCCCUAAAUGAGCCAUUAAGCGAUGGCAGAUAUCCACUUCAAUUAGUUAUGGAUUAUACGAAUACAGACGCUAUUAUACAAGAUAUGCUGAGUAAAGGAGCAGAUCCCAACAAAUACAAAGAAGGGGGUGAACCUCCUUUAGUGCUUUCCCUAUAUCGGAAUCCUUCUGUUACCUAUGCUUUGAUAGAAGCUGGCGCAGAUACGUCUGUCAAAAGCAAUGAGGGCAUUUCCGUCAUUAAAUUGUUUUGUGAAAAGGUAUUUUAUGAUGAGCAGUACUGCUGUCUGCCGAAUUCGCAAUCUACACGACUCAUUAUUGAUCAUUUCGAGUUUGCUAAGAGUAAAGUGGAGUUGGAGCAAAGGACAAAUUUAGCUGAGGACACCACAAAACGUACACCUAUGGAAACAACCUCUGGAGAAAUGAAGCCGUUCUCGGGCAAAGAAAAGAUUUUAACAAAGAAAAGAUCUCAGAAAUUAUCUGAACAGCAAAGAAAAUGUGAAUCGAACAUAUGCUGUGAAAUCAUCAAGAUACUGAUCGAAAAAAACAACGAAAAUGUGAACAUCAAAACGCCCUGUGGACUUGCUCCACUGUGUGUCGCUGUUAAGCUUGGAAGUCAUUCGCUAAUCGAUUACCUUCUUGAAAAGAAAGCAGACCCUAACUGCAUGAAACUAAUGAAUGAAUCUCUACUAUUCUUUGCUUUGAUUCGUGGAAAUGAAGACAUAAUCAAAGGGCUAAUUAAAGCAGGGGCAAACGUUAAUCACUGCACGGUGCUUCCAGGUACUGGUGAAAAACAGUCGUUGCUAAAUAGAUUUCUGGAUGAGAACGGAGAAUUCUCUAAGGCAAGCAACUUAGUAAAUCUUGUUCAAAUUUUGAUUGAAAAUGGUGCCUCCGUCAACGAAUGUGAAGAGGGAUUCGCUUCACCUCUGAUAAAAGCUGUCAGACUUUCGUCAUUUGAACUUGUGGAUUUGUUACUCCGACAAGGAGCAAACGUUAAUCACCAUGGAAAGAACGGAUUUACAGCAUUACAUGAAUGUUGUAUCAAGGGUAAAUUUGAAGUAGAGGACCCUAACACAGAAAUCUUCAAUCUCCUAUUAGGAGCAGGAGCCUCAGUGAACAGCCAAGCAAGCAGUGUGAACACACCAGUGACUACUUGUAAGCUAUUCAGUAUGAUUUUAGGUUCAACUACAUUAAAAAGAAAAAAGAAAGGAGAAAUUCUGGAGCUUCUGCUUAAAAGUGUGACGGAUAUUAAUGUUUUAAACCACGAAGGAUACACUCCUCUAAACCUAAUGAUAAAGGAAAAGACAAAUUUGAAUGUGGAAGAUGUUCAGGACUUACUUAUGCAAAAAGCUGGUCCAAAUAUAUGCCUCAAAGGAUGCAAUUCUCCGUUGAUAAAUUCACUUUUGAGAUGUAAACUGGACGUUGCUUCUUAUUUAUUGAAAGCUGGCGGGGAUGUAAAGCAUGAAGGAAAAUCUGGUUUGACUGCUCUUCAUGCCGUUUUAAACUUGGAGCUUACUAGCGGAUACAUCACAGGGCGAAUAGAGAUGAUUCAGAAACUUUUGGCAGCUGGUUCUGAUGUGAAUAAACGAGAAUUGGAAGGCAACACAGGAUUAAUGUUUUGUUUGAAAUCAUCGUGCAAGCGAAGAAAAGAUGAAGUACUGCCAGUGAUCGAAUUCCUUUUGGAAGCUGGGGCAGAUCCUAAUAUCAGUGAUAUCUCCGGCGGACGGCCACUGGAAAUUAUUAUUAAAUCAUUAUCGAAGAGCAGGAAUGAAACGAAGAUUCAAGAAUUAGUCGAAAUGAUGUUUUUGUAUGGGGCAAAAUGCAACGAAUAUGAAAAAGGACAAGACUCUGUUUUACAUAUGGCUGUAUCCAACGGACUUCAAGGCGUUGUUCAGAUCUUGGUCAAUAGAGGUGCAGAUGUAAAUCAUAGGGGAAAGCAUCAACAGAUUCCACUUCAUCGUUAUUUCUCGUCAGGUAUUUAA